UCAGGAAGUUAUCAGUUCUAAACUUUCCACACAUACUUCAUUUUCCUGCAGCCUCGGUCUGGUUCCCAUGCUCUCUGAACUAGUUAUCAGAAUGGAACUGAAGUCAUCAAUGGCAAACUCCUGCAUUUUGAAGCAAAGCUGAGUGUUCCCUGAUCACUGUGAAGUUUGGCGAGAUGCGGCUCCUUCGUCUUCUGUUGCUUUUUCUUUCUUUCUGGUUGUCACAUUCAGUGUUUAAAAUACCCUUAAAAAUCUUUGCUGGGAAUUUCAACGCGUCUGUGCAGCUGGACCUCAGGCCUUUGAAACAGAAUGAAGGUGAAGUUCAGAGCGGACUGUCCCUGGCAUCGGAUCCAGCGGGGAUCGUCAACUUUCUGGACAUGAUCAAUAAUUUACAAGGAGACUCUGGGAGAGGUUAUUAUAUGCAGAUGGUCAUUGGGACCCCGGGCCAGACGCUGAACAUCCUGGUUGAUACUGGAAGCAGCAACUUUGCUGUAGCUGCAGCAGCACAUCCCUACAUCACACACUUCUACAACAGAGCACUUUCCGGUACAUAUCAAAGCAAAGAGCGGGCCGUUGCAGUGAAAUACACACAGGGAGAAUGGGAAGGGGAACUGGGAACUGACUUCAUCGCCAUUCCUCAAGGACCUAGCGGCAGCAUCACCAUCAACAUUGCCGCAAUACUCACUUCGGAAGGCUUCUUCCUACCUGGGAUCAAUUGGCAAGGCAUUUUGGGCCUUGCAUACCCUCUUCUAGCUCGACCUGACCCGUCCGUAGAGCCCUUCUUCAACUCUGUUGUGCGGCAAACCGGUAUUCCAGAUGUGUUCUCUCUGCAGAUGUGUGGUGCAGGAGUCUCUGCCAGCACUGCAGCUGACCCAGCGGGUGGCAGUCUGAUCAUGGGAGGGGUUGAACCGACUCUUUACCAGGGUUCAUUGUGGUACACCCCAGUCCUAGAAGAGUGGUACUACCAGGUGGAAGUCUUGAAGCUUGAAGUUGGAGACCAGAAUUUAAAUCUGGACUGCAAAGAGUAUAACGCCGAUAAAGCCAUUGUGGACAGCGGGACAACUCUACUGCGACUACCUGCAAAUGUGUUUAGGGCUGUGGUGGAGGCCAUUAUGCAAACAUCAUUGAUUGAAGACUUUUCCGCUGGAUUUUUUGAUGGCACCAAGCUUGCGUGCUGGAUGAGAGGGGAGUCACCAUGGAGGCUUUUUCCUAAACUCUCAAUCUACCUCAGAGCAACAAACAGCAGUCAGUCAUUCCGCAUCACCAUUCUGCCACAGCUGUACGUCCAGCCAGUUACAGAUAUUGAUGGCACAUUGGACUGUUUCCGUUUUGGGAUCUCCCGUUCAGCCAACGGCUUAGUUAUUGGAGCCACUGUGAUGGAAGGCUUCUAUGUCAUCUUUGACCGUGCACAAAAGAGGGUUGGCUUCGCAGUUAGCACCUGUGCAGAAAAUGGUGGAGUACAAUUAGCGGAAAUCGCUGGGCCUUUCCUAGCUGAGGGCGUGACAUCAGACUGCAUGGGCGGUGUGUCUCUUAGGGAGCCUCUGAUGUGGGUGAUCGUGUACACUCUGAUGGCCGUAUGUGUCCUGGUGCUGAUGGUACUCCUCAUCCUGCUCAUACUGCCCUGUCGACGGCACAGAGACGGUGAGAUUACGGACGAGUCUUCAUUGGUGCGUCAUCGCAUCAAGUGACGUCAGAAGUCGAUGGAAGAGGCACAGACUCAGCUAAACGGGACUGAAGAGAAUUCUGGACGGGUAACUGGGGUGAACACUUUGUACUGAGAUUUCCCCUGGGAGCUCUAGGUGAGAUGGCCUGUUUUCUGGGUGGGAGCUGGAUGCUAGAAUUUUUUUAAGAUUGAUUGACUUUUCAGAAAGGAAGGAACAAAACUACUGAAGGAUGGAGAAAUUGGUAUUAUACUUGUCAAUACUUCACUUUCUCAAUUAAAAAGAUAUCAUUAAAAUAUCAUAAUAUGAGUAUUAAUCUGAUGUUGUUGGCUGAAGAUAGAUUAGAUCCACACAUACAUACUCAGUUUUCCAAAGUAUGCUGCUUUUCUUAUUAGUCUUAAAUAUGAUUGUCAAUAUAGCUACUGAGAAUCGCCUACAAUAGUUUGGUCAAAAAGAGGAUUUGGACACAUAAGACACAAUUAAUAUAUGAAUUUCAUUGCAUUUGAUGAAAAUCAAACCAUGUUGCAUUUGCAAACAAAUAAUGAACCAAAGUUCACACCGGUGUACUUCAUAUUAGCUAUUGACAUGUUCCACCAACAUUUGACAACCAGGAAGUGUCCAAAAGUUUUUUGUUGUUUUAAAUCAAUGCUACUUGGUUUGUUCUUUUUUUUUUUAGACCUUCAGACAUUUUGAAGUCUGAUUUAAGUAUCCAAAUACUUUUUGGGGUCACUGUAGUUUGUCCCGUGUACUGUUCAUAUCUAAAGGUGUUAGCUUCCCUUUGGAUGUCCCAAAUAGUAAUGCAUUUCAGUGAUUCUGCAACCAAAAAUGAACAUUUAUGAUCUUGGUGUUUGUAAUUUGUAGUUACAGUGUAAUAGAAAUGCCAUUAAGCAAGUGGCUAUUAUGUUGCACUACAUUGUGAAUGUGCAGCAAAUGUCAAUAGAAAUGAAUAGGAAACCAGGAAGAAUGUUUAUUUUAUCAGUUUGUUUUGUUUUGUUUUAAAAUCAUUUUUACCAUCUGGAAUACUGUCAAUAUGUAUCGCCAAUGAUCAGAUAUAUGGCGACAGCCAAUGUUUUUCUCUAAGCAGGAAAAUACUAAUUUGAAGAACACCUAUAAGGAUGAUAGCAUAAAAGCAAACAGCAUUAUAUUGCGGAGUCUGGCGUAUUAGCAAAUAAAAACAUUCAUGGAAAAUGUCUUCUGAUGUCAUAAUGUAUAAAUAAUCAUUUUCUAUAAAUGCAAUGGGGUUCAGACGUCUAAGACCAAAAGUUCUUCUAUUAUGCAAUUACAUAAUUUGAAUAAAAAGUUUAAUUUAAAUAUAUAUAUAUAUAUGAAUUUCAAUGUCGCAAAAAAUGUUUGAUGAUGAAAUUUGUGACUGGCGACAUUUUUGCUAAAUUAUAUUACGUGGCUCAUUACAUGUGUCGCAGGAGUUAAGAGGUAAAAUAAAUCCUGACAUGCUCAUCAUGUCUUGUAACCCUGAAGGGUUUUUCUUUUCUUUUUUUUUAAAUGACUGGCUGAUUCAUUAUCUCUAAAUUAUACAAAGAUUUUUGACUUCAGAAUGCUAAGAUUGACCAGUUUAGAAUAAUACAUUACAGUUGUUCUCAACCUUUCUGACUCCCGUCCGCCUGGUUGAGAACCUCUGAUAAAUGAUUAGUAGUAAUAGUUGUAGCAUUAUUAAGUUCAGCAAUUGAUUUUGAUACUGUAUUUUCUGUUUAGCAUUGUCAUGUUGUCAUAAGUAAUAAUAUAUGUACAAAAUAAAUUGUGAUUCUUAAAAUGGAUUCCCUUGGACUGACAGAUCUGAGAUAGAAUUGGAAAAAUAAUCAUGUCAAAGUUUCCAUUUCUUCAAGGAUUUUUUCUUUUUCCAUGUGAGUGCUAUAGUCACAUGUCUGUUUGAAUAUAAGCAAAAUAAAUACAGAAAUA